GUCUCUCUCAAAUCACAUAUCAGUUUCCUCACUCUUCAAAGCAUUUUCAUUUCACCAAAGUAAACCAAAGCAGGGGAAGCAGAAGAAGGAGAGAGAAAAGGAAUGGCUUCAACUUCAGCAGUUUCGAUGGCCAUGCCACUAACUUACGCAGGCCAGAAGAGGGUGGUGCCAAGCUCCGAGACAUUCUUCAAGCCACUCCCACUGCGUAAUUCAAAGGCCGUGGCAGCAUCAAAACCCAGUGGAAGGGUUCAGGUGAGGGCAUCCAUGAAGGAGAAGGUCGUGACGGGGCUGACGGCGGCUGCAUUGACGGCGUCGAUGAUGGUUCCUGAUGUGGCUGAAGCUGCUGUCACUCCUUCUCUCAAGAACUUCUUGCUCAGCAUCGCAGCUGGUGGAGUUGUGGCUGUAGCAAUCGUUGGUGCCGUCAUCGGUGUUGCGAAUUUCGAUCCUGUUAAGCGAAGCUGAGCGAACUUAUGAGGCCCUCUGGGGAGUGUUAGAUUUUCACUCAUUUUAUGAUAUGCAUCUCUGUCUUGAUCUUCCAUUAAUGAUAUUGAACUCUGUGUGUAAUAUAUACUAUAUUACUAUUCAUCUCCACAAGCUUUCUUAUUCUUACA